CUCGACUUCUUCUUAGAGGUGUGCUGAUCUCUCUCUCUCUCUCUCUCUCUCUCUCUCUCUCUCUCUCUCUCACACACACACACACACACACACACACAGAGUCAUAGAUCUUAAACAAGUGGAUUGAAAACCUGACACAGAACAGGAUUAUUUUCAGAUUUUUUUCUGUCAUCAACCAAAAGGGAUGGAGCAACCACUGAGGGUUUGGCUGGUGGUCACCGUGCUAUUAUCGUUUUCUCUUUGUUCUUUUACAAACAAACUGAAUAUGUGCAUGGAUGCCAAACAUCACAAAACUGAGCCAGGACCAGAAGGAGAACUUUACCAGCAGUGUUCUCCUUGGCGUGAAAAUGCAUGUUGCACUGCAAACACCUCAGCUGAAGCCCAUGAAGAUAACUCAUACCUAUACAAAUUUAACUGGAACCACUGUGGGAUCAUGAGUAAAAAAUGUAAAGAGCAUUUCAUCCAGGACACGUGUUUCUACGAAUGUUCUCCUCACCUGGGACCAUGGAUCCAGCCGGCGGAUAACACUUGGCGGAAGGAGCGCAUAUUGGAUGUUCCAUUGUGUUUGGAGGAUUGUGAAACAUGGUACAAUGACUGCAAAAAUGACAUCACCUGCAAGGAGAACUGGCACAAGGGCUGGAACUGGACCUCAGGUACAAACCGCUGUCCAGUAGGAGCUCAGUGCAGAAAGUGGACAGAUGUUUUCCCCACAGCUCAGAGCAUGUGUGAGAAAAUCUGGUCCAACUCCUACAAGUACACCGUGUACAGCAGGGACAGUGGCCGCUGCAUGCAGAUGUGGUUCAAGGGCCAGAACCCUAACAAAAAGGUGGCAGAGUUCUACCUGAACCAUGGCUCUGGAACAGAAGCAGCCAUGAUGACAAGCUUCACACUCUCACUUGCUGUCCUUCUCUCAAUGCUUUAAAAUGCUAAUAAAGAGAAAAGCUAAGACAAA